UUUCAGAUUUCGCUCGUGUGCCGUGCUCCAUCAUCAAUAUCAGCGCGAUCGUCAGGUGACGUCAUCAUAAGCGAAAGUAAUAUAGGCGGCGGGUGAGGACGGGCUUCCCCAUCGUAUCCCGCCGCCCGCCAAUUCGUUGCAGCAGCAACGGCGACGCCCAGCAUCGGAGGCGGGGCACCAGCAGCGUCAGGAGGCAGCAGCGCCAACGUGGCAACGUCGCAAACAGGCUCCGCCUCUUUAGCAGGUGGCUCCGCCUAUUCGGCUGGCGUCCCGCCCCCUCCGCUUGCUGCCAAUAUCAGCGCGCAGGAGCAUCAAGCUAGUCCCGCCCUAGGGGUGCGCUGGGAUCAUAGCCACCCGUACGAUGUACAAGAUGGCGGCAGAGAGCCCCGUUACUCGUCCAUUCCACAUAUCUCCGGAGGAGGCAGCGCGGCGGGGGGCAGCGUUGGAGGCGGCCUGGGACCCCCUGCUGCCCCUCCACCACCCCCAACAGGAUGGCAGGGGCAACAGGACGCAUCGAUUCCUCUGCCCCUACAACUGCAACGUCCCUACUCGAGGUCGAUGUCCUCGCUGCCCCCUGAGCCGUUCAUGAUCAUGCGCUCUAAGGCGCUCAACAGACGCGUGGUUAUCAACGUAGGGGGUGUCAAACAUGAGGUGCUUUGGAGGACGCUGGACAGGCUGCCUCACACUAGACUGGGCCGAUUGCGAGACUGUAACACUCACGAAGCCUUAAGUGAGCUGUGCGACGAUUACAGCGUCAUUGACAACGAGUACUUCUUCGACCGGCAUCCGAAGUCGUUCAGCUCCAUUUUGAAUUUCUACCGCACCGGGAAACUCCAUCUGGUGGACGAAAUGUGCGUGUUGGCUUUCAGUGAUGACCUUGAGUACUGGGGCGUGGAUGAACUCUACUUGGAGUCGUGCUGUCAGCACAAGUACCAUCAGAGAAAAGAGCACGUGCAUGAGGAAAUGCGAAAGGAAGCGGAAAGCUUGAGGCAGAGAGACGAAGAAGAAUUUGGCGAAGAUAAAUGUUCGCAGUACCAAAAAUGGCUGUGGGACAUGCUGGAGAAGCCAACGACUUCAAUCGCCGCCAGGGUGAUAGCCAUCGUGUCGAUCCUCUUUAUCGUUCUAUCUACAAUAGCGCUCACUCUCAACACCAUCCCCAGCAUGCAAGUCAACGACGAAAAAGGGAACUUCCAAGACAACCCCCAGUUGGCCAUGGUCGAAGCAGUUUGCAUCACCUGGUUCUCCUUAGAGUACAUCUUGCGCUUCAGCGCCUCACCUAACAAGUGGAAGUUUUUCAAAGGCGGACUGAACAUCAUAGACUUGCUAGCCAUAUUGCCUUAUUUCGUGUCCCUCUUCCUCUUAGAGACAAACAAAAACGCCACCGACCAGUUCCAAGAUGUCCGGAGAGUGGUGCAGGUGUUCAGGAUCAUGAGGAUCCUUCGUAUCUUGAAGCUGGCCCGCCAUUCGACAGGUCUUCAGUCCUUAGGGUUCACCCUAAGGAACUCUUACAAAGAACUGGGACUGCUGAUGCUCUUUUUAGCCAUGGGUGUGUUAAUCUUCUCCAGUCUAGCAUAUUUCGCGGAGAAAGAUGAGCCUGGAACGAAGUUCAUCAGUAUCCCAGAGACCUUUUGGUGGGCCGGAAUCACGAUGACGACUGUCGGAUACGGGGACAUCUACCCCACCACGCCGCUUGGAAAAAUGAUAGGAAGCGUUUGCUGUAUAUGCGGUGUGUUGGUGAUUGCGUUGCCCAUUCCUAUCAUUGUUAACAAUUUUGCCGAGUUCUACAAGAACCAGAUGAGGAGGGAGAAGGCGUUGAAGAGGAGAGAGGCUUUGGAAAGAGCCAAACGGGAGGGGAGCAUCGUGUCAUUCCAUCAUAUUAACCUUAGGGACGCUUUCGCCAAAAGUAUGGAUCUCAUUGAUGUUAUUGUUGAUACGGGUGAAAAGUGUGCGCUGAUCGGUGAAAACGAAGACAAUCGCAGAAGCUCACGUUAAAAAAUCAUUCAGUUCGUUGUUAUGUUGUGCCGAAGAAGCAUGCAUGAAGAAAAACACAAUGCACAUGAUCACUGUCCAGUUUUUGUUCGCUUAGGUGAAAUAGCUUACAUUUCAAUGUCGCACCCUUUUAAGGAGUGCUCGGGUUGUCAGGCUGUGAGAAGCGGAAUUUUGCUGGUAUACCGCUUCACAGGUAAAAUAAAGUAAAUACAGGAUAAUUUACCAGAAAUAGAUCAUUCGGAUUUUUCUAGUGCAUUUUUGGGAAGGUCCCGUUUUCAGGGUUUGUCAAUGACUUGAGGUACGUAGAAGAGUGCAACUAUUGAUAGUUACAACCGAAUCAAACUUUUAAAGGAUUUUGAGCUAUUCAGAUUUUCUUGGAAUUUAUCAAGCAUUUGCGGCUUGUAUGUGAUAUAAAAAUUAAAAAUACAUUUUUUGUUCUUCUUGUGCUUAAGUAUGCCUAGGUAAAUUUUCGAUUCAAAGAUGAAACAUUGAGGAACUUAAGAAGAAAACAAAUGUUAGUUUAGUGGCAAACAUGGCUUCCGGCUUUUUAAAUUCAUUGUUUUUCUUAUUAAAGAUGUGUCACUGAAAUUGAAUUGUAAUUCGGUAAUGUCGGUUUUCGAUCGAAAUAGAACUUGAAACGUUUCGUAAUACUUAAGAAUAAUUUGACUGCAUGACAGCAAUUGUCCGAAUUUAUCAAAUCUGUCUAUAAUAAUUAACAGUCUAGAGUAUUGUCAAAACGAUAAAGUAAUUUCAGAUUGUCUGCGAACAUGAGAGUGUUGUAAAUCAAAAUGCAGUUUAUUUCGUUUACAAAUAUACCAGAUGUGGAUGUAGAAAUAUAUUCCAUAAGUGCAAAUAUAAUAGAAAAAACAGAGCGGUAUUUCUUGUUCUAAUGGAAAGGCCAUAUAAAUGAUAAACGAUUUAUUGCUAUUGGUUCUGGUACCAGAAACCAUGUAUUUGUGCCUGCCCUGACCGCGUGUAUUUUGGUUUGCAUCAAAUAUGUACUAUCCAAAUAAGUCCGUCGAAAGGGAAAAAGCAAGGCAAUAAGAUCAUUACUCCCAUAGAUUUUUUUAAUGGAAUUUAUUGACCAUAGAAAAACAUUAACCAAUUUAUGAAAAUGAUUUUUGUGCUGCUGUUAAGUACAUGCAAAGUAAAAGAUUAUCACAAGUAUUUAUUAGAACCGGUGUGUAUAGCGCGAGCCAACAUAAGCCAACGGUUUCCUAGGUCGGCGUUGGCGUUCGAUUCUUGAUCGGUACAUCAAAGGGAGGUUUGAUGUGGUCUGCACAGGAUUUGUUGCCCUUCUAGUAUUUAGUCGUUUGUCUGCAUUCGAUGAGAGGAGACUCGUCGCUGUAUAUUAGCACCGAACUUAACCCGACGCGGUCCAACUCGAAACUAAAUUUAUUUGUAGACGAGCGCAUUCCAAUACCUUCCAUCAACAAACGCCAACGUCAUAUGUGCUUGCAUUCGUUUGCUCGGCGUUGGAUUUUCGGUCUGUACGCGGCUUUAGAUGUGACCAGACCAACAAAUGGUACUAUGAGUAUAUUGAAGUAUAUUGGAAUUUAAAAAGAGGUUGUCAAAUACACAGGAUGUCCAAGAUGAGGACCCUAUGCAUGAGGAUCUCAAUACCUGUGGGAGAUACAGUUUAGAUUGAAUUAUGGAAAAGCUACGUUCUUUGGGCGUAUUUACAUGCCAUUGAAAAGCUUGGCUUACUGAGGUAUUUCGGCAUAACUAAGAUUUGGCCAAAUCGUGUUUAUUUUUUUCUGACAUCAUUUUAGAAAAUGUUAAAAAACUAAUGAAACUUUUUCAUUGGCGCUUUUUAGGCACUGGAAAGUAGUGUUUUUGAAUUUGCGUGCUCGACAUUUCGUUUUUUUAUAUGGUGCGAAAAAUAGUACACCCUGUAUCGGAUAGUAUGUUUUUCUAAAUUUAUCACAUAUUACAUUUGUUUUCUUAGUUAUAAAGAAUAAUGCCUAUUUUUACUUUUUUAUUUUAUUUAAGUAGGCGUUGCUUGAUGUAAGAUUAUGUGGUUACUGAUACUGAACAGCAAAAUUUAGAUCAUGACGUAACAGUUCUAGUGUAACCAUGCUAAAGCUUCCAUUGCACCUUCAUGCAACAGCUGCCCAUUUUCAAAAGAAUGCUGAUAACUUGGUUUGAAAUAAAACCUCCAACAAAAAGUUCAGAGGAGUUAAAUCUGGGGAACACGCUGGUCAGAGCACUUCACUGGAAGACCUAUUAACAUGUGCCAAAAGUAAAUUAUCCACGCAGUCUUCUAGAUCAUGUUGCAAUAAUUGAAGGUACUCUUCUGCAGUUUAUGGGUUAUGGUAAAUGAAUGGACCUAAUAUUUUGGUCUCUAGUAUUCCACAACACAUAUUAAACCCUUCUUGAUGUCUUGAUAAUGUUUUAGCCCGCAGCUAUUCUUGAGCCCAGUAAUGAGUGUUGGGGAAAUUAAAGAUUCCACUAUUAGUGGCCAUACUCUCGCCGUACGAUAUUAUGUUUGAAGGGAAAUUGAAAUUUUCAGACACUCGUGUAUACCAGUCACACACAAAGAUGCUAAUGCCGUUCGCUAUAUCCUGGUCUGAGUUAUUGGCAAGUCCUGAAUUCAUAGGGGUUGUAUCUAUUUCUACGCAAAAUAAAUUACAAACGUUUAUUUGCAACGACUACUUGAAAAAAUAAAAAUCCAGGAAAAAAACGCAUUUUUCCUUAUAACAAAGAAAAUAAGUAUAACAUGUGAUUCAACUUUGAAUUUGUAUAAAGAAUGCAGGGUGUAUUUUUUUUUUCGAACCAAAAAAAUAAAGUUGGUGGUUUCUCAAAGGCACAAAGUUUAAAAACACCAUAAAAUUAGUGCCUGAAAGGUGCGAAGGGAGAAGUUUCAUUCGUUUUUUGAUAUUUCUUAAAAUAAAAUCACAAAAAAAUAAUGAUUUGGCCACUUUAUAGAUUUUCCCAAAUAUCUCAGCUAUUUAAUUUCUCAACGGCAUGCAAGUACUUCCCAGAGGACGCAACUCCUCUCUAAAUAAACAUAAGCUGUAUCUACCAUAAGUAUUGAGCUCCACAUGCAUAGCAUCCCCAUUUUGAACACCCUGUGUAACAAAAAUAUAAGAGUAAUAUGACUUGAAAUCAAAGAGUACUUUUAAGGCACUCUUAAUUUAUACAAUACAUAGAAUUACAUAGAAACUAACCAACUCUCACAUUCUGGCAACACCGCACUCGCGCGUAUCACUUGACACAACCACCAAUCGACUCGUGCCUGCACAUGCUCCUGCCUGCUCGCUGACGGUGUGCGUGCUUUCGACAGGCCACAACAUGUCGCAUGCCGACGGUAACAGCACGGAGGGCGAAAGUUUGGCUGGGGGGCGCAAUCCCGCGCAAACGGGUAUGGGCUGCUAUCGGAACUACGAGCACUUCGCCAACCGCCAUCGCCGGAGCAACUCGUCCACGUUGCCAUGUCUGCCAGGCAGUGGAGGUGAGAGUGGAGGCGGUGGAGGGAUGCAGCCCCUCCCGGCCGGAUCGCCAUCUUCGCAACGGAGGUUGCUGGAAUUGGAGGACAGGGAUGAGCAGAUGGCGCCACUCGCGCAAGAUGAGACGCAGCUAAUUCCAAGUACGCCCAAAGAGUGCAUGUCGCCAUCGGCGGACAGUAAAAAAUCAGAUCCGUUGAAGAAGACUGAAAAACUCGAAGAAAUCCCUAGUGAAUUUGAAUGUUGCUUCUGUACUUCGAAGGUAGUAUUUCAUCAGUAACAUUCACUAUACUUUUAACUUUGAUCUCAAAGCUUCUUUCAUCUCG